CGGAAGCUUCUUAGAUCCUCCACGGAUGUUCUCCCGACCUGCCUUCUGGACCUGCCUUCCCAGCGCCGACACGCGGCGUUUCGGUGCACGCGUGCCGGCGCCGCGUUGCGUACGCGUGCCACCAUGGCCCUCAGUAUUCUUACGCGCCGGCUGCUCUUCUGCUUCCUGCUCAUUUGGGCGGGUCUGGUGAUCUAUCUCUUUCUAGUGCACCAGGAGCAAGUCAGCCAUGAAGCGACCAAGCACCAGCAGGUGAGCUGGGAGCAGCGGCUGCAUUUAUGGCAGCAUAGCCAGCGCAGGAACAACAGCUGGGCAGGACCCUGCACACGCUGCGAAGAAGGUGCCUGCUGCUGGGAGCUGCGCAACCGAGUACUGCGCGCCGAGUUCACCGACCGGCCGUACCUGCAGUGGCGGAGCUUUCAGCUGACGGACGAGGCACUGCAUCUGCCGGUUGCGACGUUCCCACUCUUUCGGCUAUUGCCAACAACCCAGGAUUUCAGCUGCAGCUUGCAGGGAGUGCGGAGAAACGGAUCGCUCUCCCUGGAGUUCGACCUCAGUUGUGAUGCUGGUUGGCAGGUCAUCUUCCGGGCCCACUUGCGGCAUGAGGACUCUCACUACAUGCGUUUCAAGGUGCAUUUGGUGCACUCGGAAGAUGUGGUGUGGAAAGGUGGUUAUAGGGAGUUGCAUCUCUGGAAGCUGCAUGGUUCGAGCCAUGUUCAGGAGACCAAGCUUCCACAGAAUGAGGAGGAUUCGGACUUGGAAGACGUCUCGGGAUUGCCGGUGGUGGUCCAGCAACGCUUCUUCAUUGCAGUCGAGCACCCGAUGGCCGUCAUGACGGCAAAGGCCACCGCAGGGCCCCAGUACCAGGACCUCACGGGAGAGAUCCAACACCUGAAGAGCCUCGCGAAGCCCACGCCAGAGGCCCCCUGGGAGUACAGCUUCGUGAUCGGCACCUUCCAAGAGGCCUCGCAGGCUCGCCGUUCUUUCCUCUCUUACUUGCACCUGGAACGCCCUGGCCGGCGCAGUCCAAUGGUUCACUACAACAGCUGGUACGACUUCUACAGCUACCAGGAUGAGGGUUUCAACGGUGGCUUCAAGGACCCUUGGCCCAAUGAGACGUUGAUCACCUUGCUCAGACCCGACAAGAUGAGCGAAGGCCGCUGCAUCCAGCGCAUCCAAGCCUUUGGAGAAGAAAUGGUGACGAAGCGGAAGACCAAGCUGGACUCCUUCCUUUGGGACGACGGCUGGGAUGAUCCACACAGCCUUUGGGAGUUUGACCAGCAGCGCUUCCCGCGGCGCUUCGACGAGGUGGCGAAGAGGGCCAAGGACUUUGGCGCCGGCACCGGCGUGUGGCUUUCGCCCUGGGGCGGCUACGGCUUCACCCAGGAGGCCAGAGUGAAGUUCGGAAAGAAGCAAGGCUAUGAGACGAACUACAACAAGAACAUCCAGUCCGAAGGCUUCAGCCUGGCGGGGAAGAAGUAUCAGAAGGCCUUCCACGAGACAGCCAUGCGCUUCCGCCGUGAACAGGGCGUGAACAUGUUCAAGUUCGACGGCGUCGCGGGCAAUCCCACCGAGCUGGCCAUGGAGAUGGAAGCGAUGCUGCGGACCCUGGCGCAGCUGCGGAACCAGAAGUCCCAGAAGGAUGAUGAGGAAGAUGUUUGGAUCAAUCUGACGACCGGCACUUGGCCCUCGCCCUUCUUCCUCUUCUGGGCGGAUAGCAUCUGGCGUGGAGGCCCUGACAUUGCUACAAGGCCCAAAGAUUGGUAUGGCCCUCUCAAGAUCUCCGACAGGUUGGCGAUCCUGGAGAAGCGCUUCGUGCCACCUCCGCUGGAUGCCAUCGGCUUGGAUGGUUUAACGGGCCGGCAGCGGUGGAUCCGCUGGCGGGCCAUGGUGGUCUAUAUCUUAGUGGUGAAGCGCUCCACCUUCUUUCCCCUCUCCCAGCUCAUGAUCCACGGCGUCAUCGUCGCCUCGCACGGCGACGCCCUCCACUGGGGCCUCAGCCGCUACGACCGUGUGGACUUCACGCAAGAGGUUUGGUCCUUUGUGGCCAUGGGACUUCAAUUGCAGGAGCUCUACGUGGCACCGCGGCACAUGACCCCAGAAGCUUGGGAUAUCUUGGCCGAAGCCUUGAGGUGGUCGAGGCAGCAUGCGGCCAUCUUGAGAGAUAGCCAUUGGGCCUUCGGGGAUGUCUCCAGAUACGAGGUCUACUGUAUUGCCUCUUGGGACGUCCAGGAGGCUAAGGGCUUCUUGCUCUUCCAUAACCCACAAGGCCUUUCCAGUCAAAGUGCACCCUUCAGUUUGGAUGAGGUGCUGGAGCUCCCGAAGGCGCAAGGACAGCAGAUCUACCAGGUCUCGCUGGUGAAGACGGCCUUCCGCCCCAGUGAAGAAGCGCCGUCUUCGCCACGACUCCCCGGCUGGAAUUGCACUGCGAGCUUCCAAAGCGAUGACUCUUCAAGCUGCAGGCUUCGAUCAUCGAAGAUGGUGAAGAUCACCCUGCAGCCCACUGAGGUCCUGGUGCUGUCUGUCGGUGCCUGAAGCCUCUCCGGCCGCGGACGGACUGGCGUCGUAGCCAAGCGGCCUCGGACUGGCGGCGCCUGGAGCGGCCAAGCGCCGGGAGUUUGAAGCGUUCCCGCGUUCCCGGCGGCCGCGGACAGGCCGACGGCCGCGGACAGGCAGAGCUCUUUGGGCCUUUCAGAAGUCCUUGGAAGGGUCCC